GAGUAUGAAUAAUCUGACUGUGUUGUCCAGCGGAGGUUUGUCCAGCCUGCACUUCCUGGAGGAGCUGCGUUUGGCAGGAAACGACCUGUCGGCGUUCCCCAGCGGAGCGUUCACCGGCCUCUACAACCUCAAAGUUCUGAUGCUUCAAAACAACCAGCUGACGUCUGUUCCUGCUGAGGCCUUCAACAACCUGCACAACCUGCAGUCACUACGUCUCGACGCCAAUCACAUCUCCAGGGUUCCGGUCGGCUGUUUCUCGGGCCUGCGCUCGCUCCGUCACCUGUGGUUGGACGACAACUCUCUGACGGAGGUGCCGGCGGCGGCUCUGAGCGACCUGCCCGCCCUGCAGGCCAUGACGCUCGCCCUCAACCUCAUCAGCCACGUCCCCGACCACGCGUUCAGCAAACUGGGCCGCCUGGUGGUGCUGCAUCUCAACAACAAUAGGAUCGUUUCCAUGGGAACGGACUGCUUCCACGGUCUCCACAGUUUGGAGACGCUGGAUUUGAACUACAACAGCCUGGUGGAGUUUCCCUCGGCCAUCCGCUCGCUCGGCCACCUCAAGGAGCUUGGUUUCCACAGCAACAACAUCCAGUCCAUCCCGGAGCACGCCUUCACAGGAAACCCUUCACUGAUCACCAUAUUUUUCUACGACAAUCCGAUCCAGUCUGUUGGACGCUCGGCCUUUCAGAACCUUCCAGAGCUUCGCACACUGUGA